ACAAGUGUCGUUUUUGGUUCAGCCUACUUAAUGGCAGCGGCCGGGUCUUACCUCCGUGACGGGACCGUUCGUGAGGGCCCAACAAGCUAAAUAAUCAGCGCCCCGCCCCGCCCCGCCCCGCCCUAACGGCUGUGCUCCGUCACGGCCAUAAACCGGAUAAACACAACAAGGUAAACAACAUCUCUGGAGCAUAAAAGCUGACGUUUCUGACCUAGACCCCCUUCCAGCUCCCACAGUACCAACAGUAAAGUGGAAGGGGGUCCUGCUAACUAUUGAACCCCUUUUAUACCCCAGUGACGCACAGAAAUGAAUUUUCUCACCCACUACGUUCUCUGAAGAAAGGCCGAGACGGGAUCGGGCUCGUUUGUCGCUCCGGCCGAUGGCGCAGAGCAGGCCGGACCCGAUGCCGACGUGCGGGAUCUCGGUGGCUGUUGUUCUGUGGCUCCUUGUGUGGCAUCUGGACGCAGCGGCUCCAGGUCCAAUAAAUGUGAACGGUGACCAGAUUUUGAGAUCUGUAGGCGAUGAUACCCUGCUUCCAUGUACAAUUGACACUGAGCAAACUAUCUCUCAAUUCAUGUGGCGACACAGGCGUGGUCAACAGCAACGGAACUUUUUCACAGCAGCUUUCAGAAACGGAAAGACUGAAACCUUAGAUGAUACGUUUGAUGACAGAAUGACCUACGUUGGGACAAGUUCCAAAAAUGCAUCAAUGUAUCUGAGAAAUAUUACACUGAGUGAUGAGGGGACAUACAGCUGUAUUUUCACCUUAUUCCCAGCAGGGCCUGUUGAAACAGAUUUGCAGCUGAUCGUAACUGCUCCUCCAGCUGUUACAAUCCAAACGUAUCCAGUUUUUUCUCUGAUCGACUGCAGUAGACACCUUAUUGUCACCUGUAUCGCAGCAAAUGCAAAACCAGCCGCAGGUAUCACUUGGGAAGUUCCUUUCAAUAUACGUGCCAAUCAAAAUACUGGGCAUCCUGCUGCGAAUGGGACUGUGACCGUCUCCAGCCAGUUUCAUCUGUGUCCAAAUAAAUCACUUUAUGGGCAGAAUAUUGUCUGUGUUGUGGAACAUCCAGCCCUCAGAGCUUCAAAACGAGUUUCUUAUCGCCUGAAUAUUGACUACAUAUCAUCAGUUUUAAUUAAACCUCAGAAGAAUGAAGAUGGCUACUUAUACCUGAUUUGUGCUGCAGAUGCUAACCCACCUCCUACUGAAUACAUCUGGACAAAGCCUAAUGACUCUAUUCCGGAACGUGUAAUAAUACAACACGACCGAAUUAAAUUGCCGAAGUUGACCCCAGAACCUUAUGGGUAUUAUACUUGUGCAGCAAGCAACAUAGCUGGGACUGCGUCAGGAUCCAUUUAUUUGUUUCCACUUGCAGAUGAUCAGAAGGAACGUCAUUACAUGGUGCCCUUUAUCGUCAUAAUCCUGAUGCUCAUAAUUCUGCUCAGCACUUUUGGCUAUUUUUAUCAAAGAUUAAGAAGGAAAAAUCAACAAAGAAGCAUUGGCAAAGAAACAUCCUCAAAAAUGAUGCCUUCACGAAGUUCCUGUGACCCCAGAACACAACAUUCUGAGGUGGAAGAGCAAGUGCAAGUGGAGGAAGAUGAACCAGAUAUUCACUCUGAAGAGACUGUUUGAAUUCCACAUUGAUACCUUUGAGCUGCAGGGAUCCCAAGCGGAAUAUGAUUUUGCUGUUCCUGCAACCUUCGGGUGGCAUCGUUGUGGCACUGCAGGAGGCCCAGGAUGGACAUGUUGUCUAAGGAAUGGGAGGGGGUGCUGAAAUGUUUUGUAACUGGGAGGUGCAGUUGUUUAGUGUGAACUGAGCGGAGGUGUUCUGCAAAGCUGUUCCCAAACGUCCACUUGGUUUCCGUAAUGUAGAGGAGGCCACAAUGGGAACAGGAGCACAAAAGCUGACGUUUCGGGCCUUGACGCUUCAUCAGAAAAGGGGGAGAGGGGGAGGCGGUUCGAAGAUGGAUAGAGGAAAGAUAGGUGGAGAGGAGACAGGCAGGUCAAACAGGCCGGGAUAGAGCCAGUAAAGGUGAGGGGAGAUGGGGAGGAGAUAGGUCAGUCCAGGGAGGACAGACAGGUUAAGAGGGCGGAAUGAGGUUGGUAAGUG